AUGGAGGAAACGGCACAAAUGCACUCCACUUCAGGGAGGGCGAAAUCAUCCGGAACGUCCAACGCAUCGAUACACAAACGUGGGAAGUUUCCAGCCUCAUACGUCUGUGAAAUUUCUGCUAAGGAUGCCCUUCAGUGGUUGGAAAAAUCGGGACGGGCGGUGGCCUUUAUUACACGUCUAACUGAACCACGCUAUUAUGUAACCUUCGUGGGUUAUACAAGAUUGUCAAUAGCAAGAAGUGUGACGAGACUUUGCUCAGAGGUCUGCAGCAGCAGAAUGCGUCCACCCCAUCUCAGGCUAGGCAACCUAUGCAUCGUGUGUAGCGCGUGUUUGAUGGGUUUAGUGCAGGUGCUGCCCAUGAGGACAUCUGACUUGGACUUUGUGGUGGGCAUACAGCCAAGGAGCCUCAAAGGCCAAGCGAUGGUUGUCACGGGGAUUUAUUCCGAGGAGGUUGGAAAGCGCGUGGGCGUGGAAUGCUGGGCGAUUAGUAACUUUCAGCCAGUUCCUGCGCACGAAGUAUUACAAAGCGGUCUUCUCUCCGGUGAGGCCUACGUUAUCCUUCACACCCAACAAGCUGUCGAUACACUUGGGGCUGCCGACCAAAAUAAACUGCAGUGGACUGUGUAUUACUGGCUGGGGCAGGAGUCGUCUGCAGACAAGCGUGCGUGUGUGGCUAUCCACGCGGUAAACCUAAAGGGGUAUCUUGGUGGCGGCAAAAUAGUCCGAUUGGUCCAAGGCGAUGAACCUCCAGAGUUUCUGAAGCUGUUUCCUCAGACUGUCCAGGAGGGCAGCCUGUACGCAUCGUCCUUAAGAGAGCCGGAAGAGACAUGUGCCUCUUUAAGGGUGUAUCUUUUAGAAAACCGCGGCGGUAGUAUUGAGGCAGUUCUAGUUGACGAGUACGAUCCCCCCUUCCACCCGACCUGCGUCUUGCUAUUCGACCAGGGCCCUCUUAAGCAUCUAUGGGGAGUCUUCUCUCUUGGGAGGGGCAUGCAUAACCGGUUGCUCAUCGUAUCAAUGACAGAUAAGUGCAACCAGGCUACUGUGAAAGAGAUUCUACAGGGCAGCGAAGACGUCGCCUUCUGGCAGUGUAUAGAAUGCUUGCCUCCCGAAAAAGACGCAGAUCUCAAGCCUCGACUCGAUUUGAAAGCGCUGCAGGGACGAAUCAUAUUCUAUACUUUGGAAAUCAAUUUGCCGGUUACUUGGGAAACGGUGCGUCACUCCGGAAAGCGCUACUUUCUACAUCGCCAAAGUAAUGGAGAAAUAAAGAAGUACGACCGACUUCCGCUGCUGACCCGCCAAGAGUUCCAAGGAGGGUUCUUCCAGCUGCACCAGGAAAGUAUAGGCUUAAAUAAACUCUCCCGCUAUUGGUUGAAGGAAGAAUGCGUCCACUUCAUAGAUACCGGUAGUAUGAUCUACCAAUGGCUUGGCUCUAAGGCGGACAAACUGUCCCAACUUCUCUGCAGCGAUGUUAAGGAUAUCAUUGCCAACAUUUUCAACCGUCCGGAGUUCGCCCAUUCGAAGCUUUGCCGCCAAUACUCGGAGCCCUUUUUGUUUAAGACUCUUUUUUACGAUUGGGACGACUCGUCAUUGGACCGCUCAAAGGCAUCGACCAGUAAAGGGAGAAGGAGGAAGUUAUGGCCAAUGCCCACGCCUCCAAAGUACGAUGUAGAAUAUGACGUCCUCGCGUUGUUUGCCUAUAAAAAGUGGGAAGACAACGAGUACUACGAUGCACUGCGAGCAGACUGCAACUUUGAAUGCGUCAACGCUGAUAAAUUUGAACACGUGUUUAAACUCAUGCAUGGCUCGUUCGUUCCCGUUUUCGACAAGUUUGCUCCGUUAUACGAAACAGAGAUCCGGAUCUUCCUAGUGGACUACAGAGUAGUGGAAAUUUCCUGUGAAAAAGAGCAGAUCGAAAGGGUCGCUUACGUCUGGCAAGGUCGGAAGGCCUCUCGCAUGGAUUGGCUUACCUUUAGCAUGGGUGCGAAGAACACGUUUAUAGACUUGUUUAUGACCAAAGUGGAUUUGGAGAACCAGGGAGCACAGGCUCAGCUAAAAAGGAAACUACAGAACUACGUCAAGUCUGUUGUACAGUACUGCCACGGAUGGUCGGCGGAAGAUCUCACUUUCCACCUUGCAGCAUCCAUUCUUUUGGAGGACGAGUUCAACGAGUAUAAGAUGGUGCGUAUCCGCCAGCAGCGCGAGCCCGAGCGCUUCUUGUGCCAUUUUAAGUAUAGAAUGGUGUUGUUACGGGGAGCGCCAUCUGAGUCUCCAGCGGCUCGAUUGUUUAAGUAUGGCCAGCAGUCCAAUAUUAUUAAUACGAGAACGCUUGAAGUACAACUGUCGUCCCGCUCACUAAACUCCAAUUACUGUUACUUUCUUGUACUACAACGUGAAAACUGCGAUCACUCUUCGGCCUCUCAAGGCGUGAUAUACUUGUGGAUAGGAAAGCACGUGGGAAAGACCCAGUUUCAGGAUGCCUACGACCAGCUCCUCUAUGCCUUCCCCGAGCAGUACAAAGUGCGCAUUGCCUACGAGGGCCACGAGCAUCCGGAAUUCUGGGGGCGGAUUGGCGAGUCCUGCCUUCUAGAGAAACGCCCCGAAUACGAAAGAGACCGCUACGACCACUUUUGCCGUCUCUUCCGCUGUUCGUCCUCCUCUGGUUUAUUCAAAGUCACCGAGUUAAGCACAGACUUUUGCCAAGACGAUUUGUGCGACACGGAUUGUUUUCUGCUAGACACGCAGCUGCGGCUUUAUUUAUGGAAAGGCAGGCAGUGUAGCGAGUUUACCCGCAAACUUGCGCUUUUGGCCGCAAAAGCAUACUUGAAGGACAAAAGGAGAAGUACUUUGGAGCUGGAGGUGCUGAAUUCUGGUUCGGAGCCUCAAGCCUUCACGCGCUACUUCUUCUCAUGGAAUUAUAAUGAAUAACCAUCUUUUAUAUAAGCGGAGCCAAAGUUCUAUUGCUUUAAGAUCUUGAAAGGAUUGCUGUCAAUCAAUAG